AUGGCGACUCAAUCCCCAACCUAUACCCCUGCCGCUGCUGCAGCACCAUAUCAUCAGUCGGCUUCGGACAUGAUGCAGGACGUCUCCCCGUCAUCCGAGAGCCAGUACCCGGCGCCCCCAGCUCCUCCAGCUCCGAUGGCGAUGCCCGGCCCCGGCGAGCCGGAAAGCCCUCCAGAUGAGGGCGCAGAUGCGCUCAAUGACGGCCGGAAAGCCAAGCGUGAAUUGUCUCAAUCUAAACGCGCCGCACAAAACCGAGCUGCGCAGAGAGCCUUCCGUCAACGUAAAGAGCACUACAUCAAGAAGCUCGAGCAACAAGUUCGAGACUACACGGAAAUGGAGCAGAACUACAAGGCUAUCCAGAACGACAACUAUGCGCUGCGCGAAUACGUGAUCCAGCUGCAGUCUCGGCUGCUCGACGUCCAGAUCGAUCCUCCGCAGCCGCCGCCGAAUGUCAACAUUGGGCCUCCAACGGGGUCUGCAAAUGCCGCCGGUGCUCGCCCGCUCCAUCCUUCAUUGGUCUCACCGUCAGCUGGGCCCGUAGACCCAGCCGCCGCCGGUGCUAAUCGAGGCACAUUGGCAGACGUCGCCGCGGCCGUGGCUGGCCUGAGUGCCAGAGAACCGGGCGCUGAGCCAAGCCCAGAAUCCAUCUACCCGAAACCCCCCUCAUUCUCAGGAGACACCCCUGAGGAUCUGCGGAACGGUGAUGGGAUCAACCGUCAGAUGCAAGACGGCUUACCAUCUGCUCCGCUGCGGACAUGA